UGGUGGCACGGUGCGCAUACCUGGGGUGCUUGCGUGACACACGUCUCCUGUCCCAGGGCUGCCCGUGGAUCAAAGCUGCCAGAGCCACCAACUGGCAAGGCCACCAGCCUGAUCUCUGAGGAAAACACACUGGACCCUCGGGUCCUCAGGAGGAGGAAAUGCGAGCUCUAGGUUGUCCACCCGCUCCGUUACAGCGCCAUCUCCUAGCUCAGAGAUUCUGGGUGCUGGCUGUCCGUUAGAAUCACCUGAGGGCUCUUACAAAUACAGAUCAAGUCCACCCCAGACCAUUUAAACCCGAGACUCUGAGGGUGGGCAUCAUGUUUUUAAGUGCCCCCAGAUGACUCAAAGGUGCAACCAGGGCUGAGAACCCCUGCUCUAACUGUGGAGGAAAGGAAAGUCCCCCCCAAGACUGUUCCAGGCCUGACACUGAGAUACAGCAGAGAGACUCUGGGCAAGGCUUAGGGGAAAUGACAUGCAUUGCUUCACCUGAAAGAUCAGACAUGUGUGCACUGCAAAAAAUUCAGAAAACCCAUAAAAGUACAGCGAAAUCCCACACGGACUCUGGGAGAUUUUUCUAAGGCGGGAGUGAGGAGGAGGUCCCAAUAAGAGCCCCAGCUGGCUGACAGCUCCCUGCUUCUAGGCUGAGGUGGGGAGCAGGGUAGCUACCCCCACCUCACAUUGGAGCACUGGAUCACAUUGGCUGCCAGGAAUAGAACCGAUUCUUGCAACCCCACCCCAUCUCCCCACCAAGUGAAUAACAGCUACUGGCUUGGUGUCCCGGCAUUGGGGGUACCAUCUUGGCCCCAGGUAUGUCUGGAUGGGGUGGGUGCACAGGCUGGGCAGGGCCACACAAGGCAAUGGUACCUUCUCGUUCGCAGGGAGCUAGAGCUGUUCUUUGGGCCAUCCUCGGGUUUAGGCACUCCAGGCGGUCCCACGGGCACAGUAACUGCCCAGUCUCCACCUCCUCCAGCCCUGGCAGUUCCCAGGGUGCCCUCGGGGAAGUCGCUCUUGGGCCAUGAGGCCCUGGUGACUGUCACUGCCCCUCCGCGGCCUGCAGCCAAGGGUAGGGGUGACCCAGGGGAGCCCAAGGCUGCUCUCCUCCAGGGCGUGAGAGGUUGUUUCCAGGCAGUGGGAUCCAGGAGGCGAGUCAGGCAGGCCUGUCCCAGCCCCACCCCCACCCCCGUCUGCGCUCCAGAGGGCUCACCCCCUGAGGGACCCGGUCCCCAGGAAAGCACCUGUCUGAGGGUGCUUGGAUAAGACCUGGGACACCGGGACACUGCCGUGGGAACUGGAGCUCAGGGAACCUGGGGGCGGGGUCUGGGCAUGGCUGGCAGCUAGCACCAGCCCCACCCACUCGGGGCUCACCGACGCCCCUUUGUCAAUACUGAUGCUGGACCUUCAGAGAUAAGCCGGAGGAGGGGAGAAAGGAAACAGUAGUGCUGCCCCCACCCCCACCCCUGAGAGAGUCCUUGGAACCUGCUAGGCAAGGUCGGGGCAGGCUGCGGGGGCCUGGGGCGGGAAGAGGUCACCGGGGCAGAGAGGAGGAGGGUCAUGGCCAGGGCAGCGCUGGUCAAAGUAAGCCAGGCUCUGCCCUUCUGACUCCAGGCCCAGAUCCGUAGGAGUGUGGCCCAGCAGAGGGAGAAAGUGGCAGAGCCCCUUCUUGCACUGGGGAGGAGGAAGGGAGAGGCCAGGCACCCCCUUGUCCUUGUAGCAUUCUGGCUGCCUGUGAGCACCACCCUGUGCCCCAGUUUCCUCUCUCUGUGCCAAGAAGGGUAUGAUCCCACGGGGUGGAGCUUGUCCACACCAGGCACCAAGUGGUGCUGCUCAUGUAGGCCUCAGGCCAGGCCCUGGACCCACUGCCAUUUCUCUAGGGUCUGGGGUCACAGGUUACAGGGUGGGACCGUUCUGGAGUAGGGCAGUUAUUCCCACCUAAGUUCUUCUGGGUCCCAGGGACCCAGAGAAUCCUGAGGGGAGGGGACUUGGAGAAGUCCUUUUGCAGUGCCCCCCACUAAGCUCCCGAGGCUGCAUGCAGCCAGGUGGUGUGUCCUGCUUACAGCGGGGGUGGAGGGAUGUGGCCUCCCCUGCCUUCUUGGAGGAGGAAAUGUCAGCUCAGAAAACACCCAAGGAACAUCCCCGAAGUCACUCAGCCAGCAGGUGCUUCAGGUGGCAUUAGAGCCUGACUUUGGCGAGGACUCAGUGCCAGGCUGGCUUCAGGACAGAGCCCAGCAAAGGGUCCAAACACACCCCCUCAACCUGGAUCAGGCACAGGCCACAGAAGCAUGUCAACAAAGGCUUAUUAAGCAACUACUGUGCUCCAGGCACCACUCUAGACAAGAGAUCCAGCAGUGAGCGAGGCCCUGCCCACAAGGGGUUCACCUUGCAGCUGGGACGUGAACACCAAACAAGAUCUAAAUCAGUGAGGUCAUCAGCGUUGGAAGGCACUAAGAGGAAAGUGCCUGGAGACUGGCAUCUGGGAAGGAAACAGAAAGGAGACUGGGUGAAGGCCUGAGCUCCGGGCCUGCUGACAUUUAAAAGCCCCUAAAGAGAUGGCAGAGAGGCCAAUGAGGAUGGACACCAACAAGGGCCUCCCAGCCAUGGAGAGCCACAGGGACCUCCACAUAUGGAUCAUUGAGAAUCUGAAGAUGGUGCCGGUCCCUGAACGGGCUUAUAGGAACUUCUUCGAAGAACACUGCUACAUCGUUCUGCACGUCCCUCAGAGCCUGAAGGCCACACAGGGGGCCUCCAAAGACCUGCACUACUGGGUGGGCAAGGAGGCGAGCCGGGACGCGGAGGACGCGGCGGGCUCCUUCGUGCAGCACCUGCAGGAGGCGCUGGGUGGCGCCACCGUGCAGCACCGCGAGGCGCAGGGCCACGAGUCUGCGUGUUUUCUCAGCUACUUCAGCCCGGGAAUCAUCUACAGGAAGGGAGGUCUGGCCUCUAUCCUCAGUCACGUGGAGACCAACAUGUACAACAUCCAGCGACUGCUGCACAUCAGAGGGAGGAAGCAUGUGUCAGCCACUGAGGUGGAGCUCUCCUGGAACAGCUUUAAUAAGGGAGACAUCUUCCUGCUGGACCUGGGCAGGAUGAUGAUCCAGUGGAAUGGGCCGAAGACCAGCAUUGCCGAGAAGUCACGGGGCCUGGCCCUGACCCGCAGCCUCCAAGACCAGGAGCGUGGUGGCCGUGCACAGAUUGGCGUGGUGGAUGAUGAAGCUAAAGCCACUGACCUCAUGCAGAUCAUGGAAGCUGUGCUGGGCUGCAGAGUGGGCAACCUGCAUGCCACCACGCCCACCAGGAGUAUUAACCAACUGCAGAAGCCCAGUGUCCACCUCUACCAUGUCUAUGAGAAGGGCAAGGACCUGGUGAUCCAGGAGUUGGCGACCUGCCCACUGACCCAAGACCUACUGCAGAAGGAGGACUGCUACAUCCUGGACCAAGGUGGUUUCAAGAUCUACGUGUGGCAGGGACGCAUGUCCAGCCUCCAGGAGAAAAAGGCUUCCUUCAGCCGGGCUCUGGGCUUCAUCCAGGCCAAGGGCUACCCGAGCUACACCAACGUUGAGGUGGUGAACGACGGCACCGAGUCGGCUGCGUUCAAGCAGCUUUUCCAAUCGUGGUCUGGGGAGCAGGGCAAGAACAAGAAUCCGCGUGGGAUAGGUAAAUUGCUUCAGGUAAAGCUGGACGUGGGCAAGCUGCACAGCCAGCCUGAACUAGCGGCCCAGCUCCGGAUGGUGGACGACGGCUCAGGGGAGGUGGAGGUGUGGUGCAUCCAGGACUUAUGCAGGCAGCCCGUGGACCCCAAGCAUCGUGGACAGUUGUGUGCAGGCAGCUGCUACCUUGUCCUCUACACAUACCGGAAUAUGGGCCACAUCCAGUACCUCCUGUACCUGUGGCAGGGCCUCCAGGCCUCCGCACAGGAGAUCAAGGCCCUGAGCAGCAAUGCCGAGGAGCUCGACCUCCUGUACCAUGGAGCCCUGGUGCACGAGCACGUGACCAUGGGAAGCGAGCCCCCUCACUUCCUUGCCAUCUUCCAGGGCCAGCUGGUGGUCUUCCAGGGGAGCACUGCGCACAGUGGGAAGGAGCAGCUGACAUCUGCCACCAGGCUCUUCCACAUGCGAGGCACCGACAAGCACAACACCUGGACCGAGGAGGUGCCAGCCCGCGCCUCAUCCCUCAACUCCAGCGACAUCUUCCUGCUGGUCACCGCCGGCUUCUGCUACCUCUGGUUUGGGAAGGGCUGCAGCGGUGACCAGCGUGAGAUGGCACGGACGGUGGUCACUGUCAUCUCCAAGAAGAACAAGGAAAUAGUGCUGGAGGGUCAGGAGCCUCCUCACUUCUGGGAGGCCCUGGGGGGCCGGGCGCCCUACCCCAGCAACAAGAGGCUCCCCGUGGAUAUGUCCGGCUUCCAGCCCCGACUGUUCGAGUGCUCCAGCCAGACAGGCCACCUGGUCCUCACGGAAGUGGUGUUCUUUAGCCAAGAGGACCUGGACAAGUAUGAUGUCAUGUUACUGGACACCUGGCAGGAGAUCUUCCUGUGGCUGGGGGAAGCUGUGAGCCAGCAGAAGCAGGAGGUGGUGGCCUGGGGCCAGGAGUACCUGAGGACCCACCCGGCAGGGAGGAGCCUGGCCACGCCCAUCGUGCUGGUCAAGCAGGGCCAUGAGCCUCCCACCUUCACAGGAUGGUUCCUCACCUGGGACCCCUACAAAUGGACCGUGAGUGAGGGCAGCCUGGGAGCAGUAUCUGCCAUCUCUGAAAUAACAGCAGAGAUCAACAACUUCCAGCUGUCCAGGUGGCCAGUCAGUGGCAGGGCAGGCCCGUUGGCCCAGCAGGCCCUCAAGGGCUCCGAGGACAGCUCAGAGAACGAGCUGGAGCUGGGCCCCAAGGCGAACUGUGGCGAUGCCAGCACCGGUGCCAGCACCAACAGCAGCACCAGCAGCUACCCCAGCAGCCCCAGAUGCGUGAGCAACGGGGGCCUGCCCCGAGAACGGCUCAUGCACCAGGCCGCUGAGGAUCUGCCAGAGGGCGUGGACCCAGCCCAUAAGGAGUUCUAUCUCUCAGACUCUGACUUCCAAGAUAUCUUUGGGAAGUCCAAGGAGGAGUUCUACAGCAUGGCCAAGUGGAGGCAGCAGCAGCAGAAGAAACAGCUCGGCUUCUUCUGAACCCAGGCCCUGCCCCUCACAUGGCCAGACCCCCGCGAGCACCUCCUGACACCCACCUGAGGCCCUGGGGAGGCCCUACCGGCAGUCUCUACUCAGAGACGCCUGGGUCACUAAAAUAAAAGCCUGUGGUCAUCACAA